ACACCUCAGAAGGGGAGAAUAGAUUUAUCAGGAGUGAAAAAGAAGAGCUUGCUAGGAGUCAAAGAAAAUAAUAAAAAGUCCAGCACUAGGGCUCCUUCUCCUACCAAACGCAAAGACCGCUUUGAUGAGAAGUCCAAGGAUCGCUCCAAAGAUAAGGGGGCCACCAAGGAGUCGAGCGAGAAGGAUCGUGGCAGGGAUAAAACUGGAAAGAGGCGCAGCGCUUCCAGUGGUAGCAGCAGCACCAGGUCUCGGUCCAGCUCGACCUCCAGCUCGGGCUCCAGCAGCGGCUCCAGCUCAUCUUCUGCAUCGAGCCACUCAGGAAGUUCCAGCACAUCCCCCAGCUCCAGCUCCGGCAGCUCCCCUGGCUCUCCGAGUCCUUCUCGGCGCAGGCCUGACAACAGGCAGCGUUCCCGCUCCAAAUCCAAACCACCCAAAAGAGAUGGAAGGGGAAGGAAAAGGCGGAGCUCUUCCCCUAAACCCACCAAAGUGCACAUUGGAAGGCUCACCAGGAAUGUGACCAAGGAUCAUAUCCUGGAGAUAUUCUCCACCUACGGGAAAAUUAAAAUGAUUGACAUACCUGUAGACAGGGUGCACCCCCGUCUGUCUAAAGGCUACGCAUAUGUGGAGUUUGAAAAUCCAGAUGAGGCCGAGAAGGAGCUGAAGCAUAUGGACGGAGGACAAAUGGAUGGCCAGGAGAUCACUGCCACUGCUGUGCUGGCCCCCUGGCCUCGGCCACCCCCCAGGCGAUUUAGCCCUCCCAGGAGAAUACUGCCACCGCCUCCCAUGUGGCGCAGGUCACCCCCACGGAGGAGGAACAGGUCGCGUUCCCCUCCGCGCAGGUCCCCCGUGCGCCGGCGAUCCCACUCCCCGGGACGCCACCGCCACAGGAGCCGUCCCAGCUCCACCUUCUCCCAAUAAGCAGGGCCACCGAAGCUCUGCCCUGUGACUUGUAUCGCAUCCAACUCACUUUUGUCACUUUUCUAGCAGGAGGAUCGGUAGGAGAGAAAUCCCUCACUCAGGGGCAGGCUUCGAAGGUGAAGGCAGUAAUUGCUGUUUCCCCUGGCGGCAGAGUUCCGGCUACAGGAGUGUUGUUGGUUUGGGGUCAUGCUUAUGAAGAUGCCCUCCAGUUUUCUGGCUAGAAAGCUUCCGCAUUUCUAGUUCCUGAGAGUCAGUUUAGGGGCAGAGCCAGCAGGGA